UUUUCAAAGUUUUCCUCUCUUCUUCUCAUUUCUCUUUCUUUUCAUUUUUUCCCCACUAUUUCAUCACGUCUCUCUUUCCAUCGAAGGAGACGGAGAGAAAGAGAGAAAUCUGUCAAUUUUCUUUUCCAUUUCAAUUACUUCUUCACCUCAAGAUUCAGAUCUUAGACAAACUCGAUCAAACCUUUUCACCACCACACAACUCUUAGACAUAAAAAAAAAUUACUUUUCUCUCGGUUGAAAAAAGAAAGACGAAUUGAACAAUCACAAGUAUUGAUAAUGGCAACAGUGUCCCCUCUCGCCAAGUACAAACUUGUCUUCUUAGGAGAUCAGUCUGUAGGAAAAACUAGCAUCAUUACUCGCUUCAUGUACGAUAAAUUCGACACCACAUACCAGGCUACAAUUGGAAUCGAUUUUUUGUCCAAGACAAUGUAUCUAGAAGAUCGAACUGUUAGAUUACAAUUGUGGGAUACGGCUGGACAAGAGAGAUUUAGAAGUCUUAUUCCUAGCUAUAUUCGAGAUUCUUCUGUGGCUGUCGUGGUAUAUGAUGUAGCCAAUAGACAGUCAUUCUUAAAUACUUCUAAGUGGAUUGAAGAGGUACGAACAGAACGUGGAAGCGAUGUCAUAAUAGUGCUUGUCGGCAACAAAACCGAUCUUGUUGAAAAAAGGCAAGUGUCCAUAGAGGAAGGAGAUGGCAAGGCUAAAGACUUUGGAGUUAUGUUUAUCGAAACUAGUGCCAAAGCGGGUUUCAAUAUUAAAGUAAGGAAUCGCACUCUUGUUUCACUCGUGUGUCCACUUUUUCGCAAAAUUGCUGCUGCACUACCAGGAAUGGAAACUCUUUCUUCGACGAAACAGGAAGACAUGGUUGAUGUGAACCUCAAACCUACCGUGAAUUCAUCCCAAGCCGAUCAACAGGGAGGAGGGUGUGCUUGUUAAACAUAUGUUAUUUAGUAAAUAGGGAAAAAAAUUAUAUCAAAAUAGAUAAACCCAUAAGAAUUUUAAAUUAUAGAGUUAAAACUUAAAUGCAAACUUAUGACCUUUUAAUUUUACCUUUUUCAUUCUAGGAAACAAGCCACUCGUUGUAGGUUGGUUCCAUCAAAUUUUUGGAGGUUAACAAAAAAAAUUGAUCUUAGACAUACAAUCAAUCGCUUUCUCUUACAAUGAUCACCUGCCAAACAUUCAACAUGAUCCCACUAUCAGUGACUUGGUCAGAAUUCCAUGUAGAGUGGCUCUGGUUUUUUAAAGAAAAUAAUUUAUAAGGUAAUUCAUAUUUUCCCU